UUAACUAUCACUUUGUUGGCAACAUUAAACCAACGGGCAGAUCAUAGAUGAAGACAAGUGGCAGAUGUCAGGGUGACAUUCAGGAAAAAUGGGGGAUGUUGCUGAAGACAAAAAGCAGAAAUUAGCAAAUACACGAAAACGAUUCAAAGAACUGCAGGAAUUGAAGAAGAAACGCAACGACUGCACCAAGGCCGGCAACUUGAAUCCAGACAGUGCCCAAUCCAGCAGUAGAAACACACCCAGUGAUCUGCGCCCCCCGCAGGAUGACUCCAUAGGGAAUGCAACAGUUUCGCCUAUCUCUAGCGCUCCAGAAGAAAGCCCUGAUGGCUCGCAACAGAAUUAUGCUUCGGAGAGUGUGCCCUCCAGUAUCCAAUAUGUGGAGCAGGACGAAGAGUCCGCAUUACCCAGCGAUUACGGGUCCUCGAACUAUCAAGCCCCAGCCACAUUUUUCGAUAGCAUUUCGCCCACAAACGACGCAGAAAAACAAUCUGACCACACUAGCCCGUCUCUGCUAACAUAUUUCAACACACGGGAUGAAAAACCCACUGAAAAUAUAGGUCUACCUAGAGAACAAAAACUCUUGUCAGGAAGGCUAUCAGUUGUUCCCUAGUCCGGAUCAGAUCAGUCACAAUUCGCCCGAUGAAGUGGCAGCAACG